GCUGAUCUGAAAUAUAAAUAUAUGGAAGACGUAGAAUAUGCUAAAUCUUUGAGCAAAAACAAAUUGGCACCACCCCACACCUUGAAUUUGCAGAACCCUCCAGCUUCAUGUGAAGAGGAGCCUACCACUAGUGAUAAGCAAGGACAAGAGAGGGCACCACCCCACACCUUGAGUACACAUUGUGGUCCACCUUCAUUGGAAGAAGAGCCUACCACAAGUGAUAAGUCGGGACAAGUGAAGGCACCACCCCACACCUUGAAUUUGCAGAACCCUCCAGCUUCAUGUGAAGAGGUGCCUACCACAAGUGAUAAGCAAGGACAAGAGAGGGUACCACCCCACACCUUGAGUUUACAGAGCCCUUUAGCUUCACAUGAAGACGUGCCCACCACAAGUGAUAAGUCAGGACAAGAGAGGGCACCACCCCACACCUUGAGUUUACAGAGCCCUUUAGCUUCACAUGAAGACGUGCCCACCACAAGUGAUAAGUCAGGACAAGAGAGGGCACCAACCCACACCUUGAGUACACAGAGCGGUCCAGCUUCAUGUGAAGAGGUGCCUUUCACAAGUGAUAAGCCGGGACAAGAGAGGGUACCACCCCACACCUUGAGUUUUCAGAGUGGUCAAGCUUUAUGUGAAGAGGUGCCUACCACAAGUGAUAAGCCGGGACAAGAGAAGGCACCAUCCCACACCUUGAUUUUACAGAGCCCUCCAGCUUCAUGUGAAGAGGUGCCUACCACAAGUGAUAAGCCGGGACAAGAGAAGGCACCAUCCCACACCUUGAUUUUACAGAGCCCUCCAGCUUCAUGUGAAGAGGUGCCUUCCACAAGUGAUAAGCCGGGACAAGAAAGGGUACCACCCCACACCUUGAGUACACAGAGUGGUCCAGCUUUAUUUGAAGAGAUGCCUUCCACUAGUGAUAAGCAAGGACAAGAGAGGGCACCGCCCCACACCUUGAGUUUACAGAGCCCUCCAGCUUCAUGUGAAGAGGUGCCUUCCACAAGUGAUAAGCCGGGACAAGAAAGGGUACCACCCCACACCUUGAGUACACAGAUUGGUCCAGCUUUAUUUGAAGAGAUGCCUUCCACUAGUGAUAAGCAAGGACAAGAGAGGGCACCACCCCACACCUUGAUUUUACAGAGCCCUCCAGCUUCAUGUGAAGAGGUGCCUACCACAAGCUCCAGCUUCAUGUGA